UUUCUUUUGGGAGCCGAUUGCUGGCCUAAGUUUACACAUUUUCUGGUAAGCAGAGAAGCAGACCCCAUCACUUUGCCUCCUUGUGCCUAAUGAUUUCCGACUUGCACUUCAGAGCAAGCAAGGUGGGAAUUAUCUGAAAAAAUAAAACGAGAGAGAGAAGCGCGAGGCCUUAGCUUUUGAGGAGAGAGAGCGCUUCGGCUUUUGAAAAGGGAUAGAGAAGCUUGUUGAGGAAUGGAGGGGGGCAGCAACAGUAGCAAGAGUGGCGUGGUGGUGGUGACCAAUGAGAGAAGGCCAAGUGGGGGAAUCCGAAUCCAGAAUCCGUUUACCUUGAAAGUGGGUCAAGUAUUUACAGGCUUUGGCAUAGGCUGCGGUGUUGGUAUCGGUGUUGGCCGCCCCAUAAAUCUAGGUGCAAUACCAGUACUGAAUCAAGUCAUGGGUGCUACAAGAGGUGCCACUGAUGCAUUAUCUGGUGCUAGCAGACAUGUAAACAACGCUUUGAGGAAGGUGGGAGCCAAGAACAUUGAAGCGGGCAUUGGAUGUGGAGUUGGUAUUGGUCAUGGUUUUGGAGUUGGCCUUGCUCUGAAGCCAGGGGUGUUGCAACAAAUUCAGUUUCAUUUUGUACAAGGAAUGACAAAGAUAAUGACGAAGUUUGGAAUUUCUCCCAAUUUAGCCAUUGGUCAAGGUGCCCUCCCAAGUUCUUUGCAAAGUGCCAUGGGAAAUGUAAAUGACCCGAGCCAAAAUUCAAUGGGAAGUAGCAUGCCGUUGUCAACAAAACCACCAGACCAUACAUCUCUAAGUUUGCCUGGAUAUGGAAAUAAUGGUACUGGUUCUCCGGUUGAUACACCUCUUGGUAGUCGAACAGAAAAAGUUCUCAGCAGUUUUCUUCAGAGUCCACUUCUGAAGGGAGAGGACAGUGAACCAAAUGAAGGGGCUGGACGCUUGAGGUCGGAGAACAAAAUCCUUCAAAUGAUAUUGAAACACCAGCAAGUCAUUGAAGAGCUGAUGGAGGAGAACGAUAAACUUCGCCACAUACUAGUGGAAGACCUGAAAGUCUCACCUAGCAAGCUGCAAGCAAGUUAUUCAAGUAAAAACAGAUCUCCAUGUACAGAUUGUUUUGAGUGUCGAAGAAAACAAAGGAGAAAAUAGAUGAAGUAUAAAGUUCUGGUAGAUGGCUUUCAAGUUCAAUGACAACAACAAAAGUUAUUAACCAACGCCCCUUUUAACAUAGAGUUUGGACCUUGAUGGAUUUGCUACCCGGCCAAACAAACACCAAGGAGCAUUAUCUGGGUUCACUGGGUUAUAAGCUAAUCAAAGAAACCGUACAAGUAUAAUCCAAGUUACCUUACAGAGGUAAGCAUUACAUAUACAAACCAGUUGAGGUGAGGUGCACUGGUUAAAAUUUACCUCCUUGUUUCUGGGUACCUUUGUGCUUAACAUCGUCCUUUACGUUCAUUGAACACAUUUGUUAGGCACAGACGAUUGCAUUUCUUUUAAAUUGGCUGCAGCUUUUGUUUCCUUUGGUUCGUGGCAUACUCUCUGCGUUAUGGUCAUGUUUUGCACCGCAAGAAAGUACCCUUUUUUUUUUCAAGCUGUUUAAUACGAGAGCGA